UGUCUAUAUAAAACCUUCUAAGCCCUCACUUUUUCUUUCAAGUUUCAACCAACAAUCCUCUGAACUAAAAGUAAAUAUUUUCCUAUCUCCUUUCUUUCCUCAAAAUUUCUAAAAAAAAAACCUCACUUAAUCGGAGAGAAAUGGAUGCUCACCACCGAAGUGUGAAUGCCGUGGAAUGUUCGAAAACGAAAAAGGAAAAGCAUGAUUCACAAUCACAACCCUCACUCUACUUAACCAACGCUGUUUUCUUCGGCCUCUUCUUUUCUGUUGCGUACUUUCUUCUUCACAGGUGGCGUGAGAAAAUCCGAACAUCUGCUCCUCUACAUGUACUCACAAUCUCCGAGAUGAUAGCUGUAGUUUCCCUCAUCGCUUCAAUUUUCUAUCUUAUGGCUUUCUUCAGUAUUAGCUUCAUCCUUCAUCCCUUUGCGGUCUCUCGUGCCGUUCAGUAUGAUGAAGAAGAUGAAACAGAGAUUGAUGGAACCACCGGUUCAUGCCUCGCUGGAGUUACACCGAAGCUACCUCCCCUACCACCGAAAGCCCCCGUCAGAAAAGUUGCUCCAGAGCCAUUGACGGUGCAGCUUUCAUCCGAUGACGAGGAGGUUGUCCAGGCGGUAGUUUCAGGAUCAAUUCCGUCUUACUCACUUGAAUCCAAACUCGGAGAUUGCCGGCGUGCGGCGGCUAUUCGUAACCAAGUUGUGGAAAGAGUUACUGGAAGGUCACUUGAAGGUUUACCAAUCGAAAAUUUUGAUUACGAUUCUAUAUUAGGACAGUGUUGUGAGAUGCCGAUAGGAUUUAUUCAGAUUCCGGUAGGAGUUGCCGGUCCUUUGUUGCUAGACGGAAAAGAGUUUACUGUUCCGAUGGCAACCACGGAAGGCUGUUUGGUUGCAAGUACUAACAGAGGCUGUAAAGCUAUUUAUGUUUCCGGUGGUGCUUCCGCCGUUGUCCUCCGUGAUGGCAUGACUAGAGCCCCUGUUGUUAGAUUCAACUCUGCCAAAAGAGCUUCUCAGUUAAAGUUCUUUUUAGAAGAUCCUCUAAAUUUUGAUUCCCUCGCGCACACUUUCAACAAGUCAAGUAGAUUUGCGAGAUUACAGAAUAUAAAAGCUACUAUAGCAGGAAAGAAUUUAUACAUUAGAUUUACGUGUUCAACUGGUGAUGCAAUGGGGAUGAACAUGGUAUCAAAAGGAGUACAAAACGUGCUUGAUUUUCUUCAAAGUGAUUUUCCUGAUAUGGAUGUGAUUGGAAUAUCAGGCAAUUUUUGUUCAGACAAGAAAGCAGCUGCAGUGAAUUGGAUUGAAGGGAGAGGAAAAUCUGUGGUGUGUGAGGCUGUAAUUAAGGAAGAGGUGGUGAAGAAAGUGUUGAAGACUAGUGUUGAGUCUUUGGUUGAGCUUAACAUGCUAAAGAAUCUUACUGGUUCAGCCAUGGCAGGUGCUCUUGGUGGCUUCAAUGCACAUGCUAGUAAUAUUGUUUCAGCUAUUUACUUGGCUACAGGUCAAGAUCCUGCUCAGAAUGUUGAAAGUUCUCAUUGCAUAACCAUGAUGGAAGCUGUGAAUGAUGGGAAGGACCUUCAUGUUUCUGUCACUAUGCCUUCCAUUGAGGUGGGAACAGUUGGAGGAGGCACACAGCUUGCAUCACAAUCAGCUUGUUUGAAUUUACUUGGUGUGAAGGGUGCUAGUAAAGAUUCACCCGGAGCUAAUUCAAGGCAACUGGCAACAAUAGUAGCUGCUUCAGUCCUUGCCGGAGAGCUUUCACUCAUGUCCGCAAUUGCAGCCGGUCAGCUUGUAAAGAGCCACAUGAAAUACAACAGAUCUAGUAAAGAUGUCACCAAAAUUGCUUCAUGAGCUGCCACAUGACAAUUCCUGCAUAACUGUGAUAUAAAUAAACUUGCAUGUUAUCAUCAAGAAUAAUAAUGAAUGAAAGGGAAAUUUCAAUAUAGGAGUAUAAAUUAUUUUUAAGAGGGCAUUAAUGGGUGGUGGUAGUUGGGACAUAACCUGCAGACCAGACUCCAUUAAUUUAUGGUUCAUGUGAAGGAGUCAUAUCUUUCUGAAGUUGUACAGAAGGAAUUAACUAAGAUUUGUGUGAUUCCUCUUUCUUUUCUUUUUUUGAAACUAAAGGAAAGUAAUAUUGUUUGUAGUGUGUCUCAAGGCUCAUCAUCAUAAAAAUAGUGUCUUAGUCUUUCUCUUUAACUUGUAUUCCUAAUUGUGUUGUAAUCUUCAUUACUUAUCAUCUAAAAUCAAAUAUUUAGUAGAUGUAACUCACUUAUUAUUUUUAUAUGUGGUUGUAAGGUUACUUUAUACACAAAAAAUAAAUAAAUGUUGAUACUUAUCAUUAAA